GUGAACGCAUGGUCCGGACCAGAAGACGCAACUAAAGACAAAGCAUCCUUAGGUACACUCCGCCAAAACCCAUCGCCAUUCAACUCCAUUGAGGUGUGAUUUACAUAUUGUGGAGUUGAGAAUUCUCAGCUAGGCUAUAGCCUAAACUGUAAAGUUCUGACCCAAGUUGACUGGACAGAGGGUUGAGGGAAUCUCCUAGCAGAAAGCAUCAUGGGAGGAGCCGUGGUAGACGAUGAGCCUAGUGAUGUGAAGGCGCCAGACGGAGGGUGGGGCUGGGCCGUGCUGGCCGGAGGGUUCGUCAUCACUGGGUUCUCCUACGCCUUCCCCAAGGCUGUCAGUGUGUUCUUCAAGGAGUUGAUCAGGGAGUUCGGAGUGGGAUACAGCGACUGUGCAUGGAUUUCUUCUAUACUGUUGGCCAUGCUCUACGGCACAGGUCCACUGUGCAGUGUGCUGGUGAACAAGUUUGGGUGUCGGCCAGUGAUGAUGGUGGGAGGGCUCUUUGCCUCCUUAGGAAUGAUCCUGGCCUCCUUUGCAACCAGUAUCAUGCAUAUCUAUCUCUGUACUGGAGUUAUAACAGGUCUGGGCCUGGCGCUGAACUUCCAGCCAUCUCUGAUCAUGCUGAAUCGUUACUUCAGUGAGAAGAGGCCUCUAGCUAACGGACUAUCUGCUGCCGGAAGCCCUGUGGCCCUCUGCUGCCUCUCUCCUCUGGGACAGGUGUUGCAGUACCACUACGGUUGGAGAGGCGGCUUCCUCAUCCUGGGGGGUCUGCUGCUCAACUGCUGCGCAUGUGGGGCCCUGAUGAGACCCCUGGUGGGCCCCAAGAAGCCCCAGGACCAGGAGUUGCAGGCUGUAGACCAAGCAGAAAAAAAGGCCAAACCUCAGAAGAAGCUCCUGGACUUUAGCGUAUUUAAAGACAGAGGUUUCGUCAUCUAUGCCAUAGCUGCGUCCAUCAUGGUACUGGGUCUGUUUGUGCCACCCGUGUUUGUGGUGAGCUAUGCCAAGGAGAUGGGGAAUGAAGACACCAAGUCUGCCCUACUCCUCACCAUCCUGGGGUUCGUUGAUAUCUUCGCCCGGCCCACAUGUGGGCUGAUCGCGGGGAUGAAGUGGGUCCGGCCCAGAUGUGUAUAUCUGUUCAGCUUUGCCAUACUCUUUAAUGGCAUCACUGACUUGGUCAGCUCACAGGCGACAGACUACCCUGGCCUGGUGGUGUUCUGUAUCUUCUUCGGGCUCUCUUACGGGAUGGUGGGGGCGCUGCAGUUCGAGGUUCUCAUGGCCAUCGUGGGCACCAAGAAGUUCUCCAGCGCUUUAGGAUUGGUGCUGCUCAUGGAGGCGAUCGCUGUGCUGGUGGGACCGCCUGGAGCAGGUCGUCUGCUAGACACCACCCAUAACUACAUGCAUGUGUUCCUGCUGGCUGGCUGUGAGGUCAUUCUGGCCUCCAUCGUCAUCUGCAUGGGCAACUUUCUGUGCAUCAAGAAGAAGCCAGACAAGCCCGAAGCCCAUCUAGAGAAUGGAGCCCCCGCAGAGAUGGAGAAGCUCAACAGCCUGCCAGAGGGAGGGGAGACGGAGAGAGAGCAGCCGGACGGGGACAUUUCCACAGUGACGGUAUUUGUUUAUGGAGACACUCCCCAGUGAGGAGAGAUUUAAAGUAACAAAGGAAUUUACUCCUCCUGAGUGACCUUGGCUUCCAGUGACGUGAGAUCUUGAAGUGACUUCUUUCCAAAGACAAGAAACCUCUGUACAAGAAUAUAUUUUUUUAAAAGACAUCAAGAGCUGGUUUCCCAAACCCAGAUUCAGCUUAGUCCUGGACUGAGAAGCAUGAUCAAUGGAAAUUCUUAAUUGAAAGUGUUAUUUUUAGUUCAGGACUAGGUGUGAUCUGUGUCUGAGAAAGUAGCCACAAAAUUAUUAUUUCAACUACCAAUGUUGUGGCAGGUUGCAGGCAUGUAUGAGUGAUGGUGUGACAUACUAUUUUAUUAAAGGUCCAAUGCAACUGU